CGGGUCCCAAUGGGAAGCACGUGUCCGCUGGAUGUUUGUUGAUUGCGACCUGUCAUUGACAGCCCGAAAAGUGCACUCCACUGCGGCGCCUUUGCCUUUCUACCCUCACCACCAACUCCACGCAUGGCUCUCACCCUCCACUAUCCAUCAUCUGCGCUCGCUCAUCCUCAUCCCCCCGUCAUGCCAUCGCGUAAACGUGUACGACGCAACGCUACAUCCGUCAUGGCAGGCGAUUUCGACGCCAGGCCUCCGCGCGACGUUCUAACGAGUCUCCUCAACGGUGUCGCGCCUUACACGCCCAUGUACCGUAUCGACGAUGACGAGGUACGGAGACAGAGGAAGAAAGAGAAGAAGGAGAGAGAACGCGAGAGGAAACGAGAAAGGCUCGUGGCUAUGAACCUGGGCCUCCACGCCGAACGAUUGGAUGUGGAGGACGUCAGCGAUGUUGUCGACGCGUCGCGACCCAUGUCGAUCUCAGCGCCGCUACCAGUCCCGUCGACGUCAUCAUCGACCCUGCCAGCCAAUUGGAGCGCACGACCUGCCAUUCACAUUGCCACCAUGUAUCGAUCUAUGUCUGUCACCCCACCACCCUUCAGCUCUCCAAAUGCUAUGCUCCCUUCGACGCCUGCAUCGACGCCCGGUCCUUCUGAAUCGUCCAGCACGUCGCGAACCUCUUCAAAGCGACCACGCACCCCGAACGAUGAUGAGGAGAUAGUGGUGCACAAGCAACGAAAGCAACGUGCCGCUGUGCGCAAAGGAUGGAAGGGAUGGGUUGAGGGCUCGCCUCCACCCUCGGAGAAACUCAUCAAUCUGGAUGUCGUACCCGUCUUGCAGGAGCGGAGAACCAGAAGUGGCAAGAACUUCGAUGCCAUUGGCGUUGGCAAGGACGGAUGGAUCUAAUUCUUACGUAUGUGUGUGCUGAACGGCUGCUUCGUUGGCCACCCACAUCGCUGAAACAUCCUCCACGAUGUCCUUGCGGGUCUGUCUGUAUGAUCCUUUUGCUAGAUGCUGAUUCAUCUCAGUCUGCUAUGUCGCAUGCCUUUCUUUGCACCCCUGCUUUCUUAUCCCAUUCUACUAUCCACCCACUACCCAAUCUCUUGCCAAUGUAUUUUGCUCGUGCGUCAGUCUCGGCCACGAUAUGUAGAAGCCGUUUACGAAGGCUACAUGAUGAGAAGCAGGAGUUCAUAAUCUACACUACUCAUCUGUACAAGGACGGGACAAUCUAGGAAUCUAAAUUGAACGAUUCUGUAAGUCGGUUUGAAUCCCAGGUAGCCGGUAAGCAUUCGCGUAUACAUGAAAGGUUCCGACGUUUAGCCUGUCACCCGAGCCUGACUUCAGAUUGGCAUGAGAGGCGGUAGCUCGCUGCGGUACUACGCUUCCCUCAAGUGGGGCUUGCGCGACUGCGGCGCAGCCUUCGGUCGCCAUUGGCGCCAGUGCUCACUGCCUUGAUCCCCUGCGAAUGAGAUCGCGAAGACAUCUUACAUACUCUGAUCGGACGCUCAUGUCCAACAGCGUCAAACAGCUCGCCUGAUCUCCGAACCUUUUGACAUUGCCUCUCCCGGACGAAAGACCAGGAGGAUAUCCCUGAGGUCACUGCCGCUCUCUCUCUCAUCGCCACCGCAUGACCUGAGAGCAUGUUGGGUCCUAUUAUACCCCCACUUCUGCCCACGCCGUCCUCAUGGUUCCCGGGUCAUAUGGCCAAGUUUACGCGCCUUCUUCCAUCCCUUCUUGCGCAAACGAACGUCGUCCUUGAAGUCCGGGACUCCCGGCUACCGCUGACGAGUGUGAACCCUGCGUUCGAAGAGGUCCUGAAACGAUGGCGACUCGAGCGCGGCUGGGACCCACAAGACCCGACUAGACGGAUUGUGGACAGCGUCGGCUGUGAGCGCAUAGUGGUGUUCAGCAAAAGGGACUUGGUUCCGGACUGGGGGAUGGAGCCGUUCCGCAGAGCCAUGCAGAGUCGAUUUCCAGAUCAGAAGUUCAUGUUUGCAUCUUUCAACCGCGGAAGAGAUAUCCGUAAAUUGAGCGAUACUCUGGUCGAAAUCGCGAAACGUUAUCCAUACGCGAUGGAAUUAAAUGUCCUCGUGGUAGGCAUGCCGAAUGUUGGAAAAUCAACCCUCUUAAAUUCGUUGAGGAAUGCGGGAAUCAAAGGGCGAACGCCUAAAGCUCUGCAAACGUCUUCAAAUCCAGGGCACACUCGCGCCAUAUCGACGCGUUUAAAGCUUUCGCUUGAUCCGCUCGUUUACGCUUACGACUCACCCGGUGUGAUGCUUCCGUUCUUGGGACAAGGUGAAAGAGGGGCGGAGCGUGGAGUCAAGCUGGCUUUGAUAGCCGGGAUACAGGAAGGCCUGUAUGACAUCGAGACGCUCGCAGCCUAUCUGCUAUACCGAAUAAAUAUUCUCAACCCAUCGUCUCCCGCGUAUUUGUCCCUUCUUUCCCCCGAUGCCCGUGCUACAAAUUCGAUCGAAGACUUCUUGGAGAGUCUCGGCCAGCGAUUGCGUAUGAUCGGGCGCCGCGGGGAAGUGGACCGACGGAGGGCCGCCGUAUUUUUCGUGAAAUGGUGGCGAGACGAGGGUGGGCUCGCCAUCUCUGAUGCAGCACCACCGGGAUUGCAGUUCGGCUCGUCUGUUUCCAAUCGUUUGAAAGAACCGAGCAGACGAGCCAAAGCGCUUGCCAAUCCCAACCUAGACGCUGAUUCAUCCAUCGCUGCCGUCGAUCUAUCGUCCCCCGGGCUUCUUUCAGAGAGGUUCAGCGACGAAACAGAAUUGCCAUUGGAACGAGGCGAAUUGAUUCCUGCUAACACGACACACGGCUGGGGUUUCGACCUCGAAUGGGAUUUGUCCCGAACCGAACUCGAACACGCCCGACGGCAGAAACACGUGCCACAGCUGCUGCAAAGCAAGAUGGAGAUGUCUAUCGAUCGCCAUCUGGAAGAUCUGAUGGUGGAGGACGAGUACGAAAUCAAUCUGAGCGAUACGCAGCGGAAGAAGCGCAUCGUUUUGCAGGAGAAGGAGAGGAGGAAAGCCAAGUAUGCUGAAAUCACGCGUGCUAGGGCGAAAAUCGCGCGCGCAGCGAUCAGAUAGUCCCGGCCAUGGAUUUUGAUUACUAGUUUGCGCAAGGGAUAAUUCGGUACCAAGUGCUGAAGAUUGCACAAUCCUGCAGCUUCUGCAAGUCUCACCUCCAGGCUGGAAGAAUUGGAAAGGUGAACAGACUAUCAUGACUGGAAAGCGAAUCGAACAGCCAAAGAGAA